AUGUACGCUACACGGCUUUUCAAGCUGCUACUGGUAGCUCUCGCUAUUGUCUGCGUCGCUCAGGCAUCAUGGAUCGACCUUAACAGAAUCCACCUGAAGGAGCGUCGCAUUAUGCGAAGAGCAAGCCCGAGCCAGAAAUCCGAGGACGCUCAACCAAGUGCUACCGCACCAGUUGACGAGCCCUCCGCUUCCCAAGCAGAACCAGAUGAUACAGCGGCUCCUACUGACGCAGCGGAUUCCAAGUCUGACCAACCUGCCGAUACCGCCGCCGACAAGCCCACCAAGGCUACAGAUGAGCCUUCAAAGCCAUCCGAUACAGCUGCUGAACCUACUGCCGACGAACCCGCGAAGACUACAGCUGCGGAUCCUUCUCCUACCAAUGCUGAUCCUACUACCAAUGCCGCCGAGAAAUCCACUGCUGCUGAUAGCAAGCCCACCGAGACCGCUGCUCCUUCUCCCACCAAAUCCACCGACGAUACUGAAUCUACUGAUGCUGCUGCCUCUCCCACUGAUGAUAACACUGCUGUUGAUUCGACCAAUGCAGCUUCUUCGCCAACCACCACCGCCGCCGCCGAUAACAACAGCAGCAGCAGCAAGAACCAGAACGAUGACACUAGCAGCACCGCCGCCGACAACGAUGGAGAGGCUACUACUGCAACUGAGAAAGACGCCCGAACUACCGCUAAGCCUGUGACCUCUACCCACAUCGCCGUCGUCACAAGGACCAACAGCGAUGGUGAUCUUGAGACCAUGACCACUACGAGUGUGUCUACCUCAACACCUGGACUCAGCGAUGGCGAUGAUGACGGCAGCUCCUCCGGCAUGUCUACCAAGACUCGCAACACUGUUAUUGGCGUUGUUGUCGGUAUCGGCGGUGCCAUUGUUGUCGGUGCUCUCGGCCUUGUUGCCUGGAGGAUUUGGGGACGUAAGAAGCACAACGACGAGGCCGAUGGUCUCAUGGACUUUGACGAAUCCAACAGCCGUCCUAACAGCAACGGUCCUUAUCAUAGCGUUGAGAAGACCGAAUACGGCAGUGUUGGUAGCGCCGGCCCUCAGCGCAGCCCAUUCGCCUCCACGCUGGACACUUAUCAUCAGCCAACACAUGUAAACGCUUCAUCCAACUUCUAG